CGAAGGUGUUUCACCUCUACUGAAGACGCCAUGCAAAUUCCAUCGCGCUCGCAAUAAAUAAUUUUUUGUUCAAAUUUAAAAAGCUUUUAAUCUGAUAGACAAUUCCCAAACUUAACAAAAUGCGUCCGCCAGAGUUCAAACUUAACAAUCCGCCGGAGGACCUGAUCUCCGCCGUGAAAUUUGGCCCUAAAUCGAAUCAGUACAUGGCGGCGUCUUCCUGGGAUGGAACUCUCCGGUUCUACGAUGUGCCGGCAAACCAGAUGCGCCAAAAGUUCCUGCAGGAUACUCCAAUUCUGGACUGUGCCUUCAUGGACAUAGUGCACGUGGUUAGUGGCUCGCUGGACAACCAACUCCGCCUUUUUGACGUGAACACCCAGACUGAAAGUGUUAUUGGUCAGCACGAAAAGGCCAUCAGAUGUGUGGAGCACGCCGAGUACGUGAAUGGCAUCCUCACGGGAAGCUGGGACACAAACGUGAAGUUGUGGGAUAUGCGGGAGAAGUGCUGCGUAGGAACUUACGAGCAGAACAACGGAAAGGUAUACUCCAUGUCUGUCAUUGAUGAAAAGAUUGUGGUGGCUACAUCCGACCGCAAGGUGCUAAUCUGGGACCUGCGCAAGAUGGACAGCUACAUCAUGAAACGAGAGUCCUCACUAAAGUACCAGACUCGCUGCAUUCGGCUGUUCCCCAACAAAGAGGGCUACGUGAUGUCCUCUAUCGAAGGCCGGGUGGCCGUUGAGUACCUGGACCACGAUCCCGAGGUGCAACGCCGCAAAUUCGCCUUCAAGUGCCACCGGAAUCGGGAGCAGAACAUCGAGCAAAUCUACCCGGUGAAUGCUCUUAGUUUCCACAAUGUCUACCAGACAUUCGCAACUGGCGGAUCCGAUGGCAUUGUAAACAUUUGGGAUGGCUUCAACAAGAAACGCCUCUGUCAGUUCCACGAAUACGAUACCUCCAUUUCCACGCUUAACUUCAGCUCCGAUGGCACCGCCCUGGCUAUCGGUUGCUCCUAUUUGGACCAACUGACAGAGACUCCGGCCACCGUGCCUCAUCCGGCUAUCUAUAUACGCUAUCCUACGGACCAGGAAACUAAGCAGAAAUAAUGUUUCCUCCGAAGUUCUCUUCAUUUAUUUGUUAAUGCUGUAAUUAUACAAUAUUUUAUAUUCUAUUUUCAUUUUGCACAAACGUCUGUAAUCAGUGCCCAUGUCAGCUUGACCAGUAUAAAAGAAAGCUCUAUGAAACUCAUGACCGAGGCCCCCAUAUAAAGACUUACGAUACCUCCAAAAUUGGCCAAUAAAUCUAGGUUUGUGUA